UCAUUCCAUUUUCCUUGCAGAGACAUGCAUUUUAUCUGGAAAAGUGCAGUAUUUCUCUGUGCUCUCCUAGCCAUCAAUUUUCCAUUGACAAAAUCUUCGAUUGACCUCCAUUCACACGAGAAGGUCCAAAUUUCGAUCAAUAAUACAAGUGGGCCUAGAAAGCAAGUCAGAAUUCGCUUUCCCGAGUUCAUCAUCUCUGGCCACAUUUUCUGCAAUGGAGCCCCAAAGAGAUGGCUCCAUCCGCAACUUUCCACACCAAAGAAUCCUGAUGAGUAUUUCAACAUUGUUACCACCGAUGCUGCUGGAAUGUAUUUUCUAACAACUGGAAAUCACUUUGAUCUGGAUCGAAGUGUCAUUAUUACUGUACUUCAUCAAUGUGAAAUGAAACACCUUCAUCCGGAACCAUGUGCCCUUCCAUACUACAAAACUGUAAUUCCUUUCAACUCAACCAGCAGUAGCACUACUUAUAUUAGACGAGAUUUGGAGCUUUCUAAAAUGGAAGCCUUCUCGUCGACUCACUGUCUCUAAGCAGCUGGUUUUUUACGCGCUAUUGGUCUCAGGAGCACUAAGAAACAAAAACUUUUCACAUUAUAAAUUGUUCAAACCUCAAUUCACCAUACAUCUAAAACACUCGUGCUCAGAUACACGUAUUGCAAACUAAAUAUAAAAUCUCCGCUAGUUUGCAAUAGUUUGAUUUUUAUUUAUCCUAUUGUCUUUUUUGCAAAAUGCUGCUGAUUGUGAGGAUAUUCAGAAUGAUUGGAUCAUUAGAGCAUUAUUAAAUAAACGCAUUCAUUUUGUAAACUCACGUGAUGGCUUACUAACGUACCAGCUUUUCUGAAGAUCAACUUCAAUUUUUCUCACAAUCGAGCUUUUAUUAUUUUCUUUGCGCAUCAUUGCUUCUAAAAAGCUUCAUAAAAACUCAUAAUUUCUCCGAAAAAAAACUCGUGCUCAUAGCCGAUGUCACACUAAAUAAGGCCGCUCCGUAACUCAUUUAUUGAAAAAUGCUUCGAAUUAUGAUUGUUUUCUUGGUUGUUCUUGGAUUUUCAACUUUUG